CCUCACCGCAGACUUUUACCGGACCCCAGUCAGCUGGAGGCUCUAGCGCCCGGCGACCGCGGCCCCUCCGGCCCCUGCACAGCCUUUUUCGCUCAGAAGCUCAGGUCGCCUCCAGCCCAGGCUGACGUGGGAGGGUGACUCCCUUCUGUUCCCAGCACUAUGCCGGGCACUGUGGCAACACUUCGGUUCCAGCUGCUGCCCCCGGAGCCAGAUGAUGCCUUCUGGGGAGCGCCCUGUGAACAGCCCCUGGAGCGCAGGUACGAGGCACUGCCGGCGCUCGUCUGCGUCAUGUGCUGUCUGUUUGGAGUCGUCUACUGCUUCUUCGGUUACCGUUGCUUCAAGGCAGUACUCUUUCUCACCGGGUUGCUGUUUGGCUCGGUGGUCAUCUUCCUGCUGUGCUACCGAGAGCGGGUGCUGGAGACGCAGCUGAGUGCUGGGGCAAGCGCAGGCAUCGCACUGGGCAUCGGGCUGCUCUGCGGGCUGGUGGCCAUGCUGGUGCGCAGUGUGGGCCUCUUCCUGGUGGGCCUGCUGCUUGGGCUUCUGCUCGCCGCUGCCGCCCUUCUGGGCUCCGCACCCUACUACCAGCCGGGCUCUGUCUGGGGCCCCCUGGGGCUGCUGCUGGGGGGCGGCCUGCUCUGUGCCCUGCUCACUCUGCGCUGGCCCCGCCCGCUCACCACCCUGGCCACCGCAGUGACCGGUGCCGCGCUCAUCGCCACGGCUGCUGACUACUUUGCCGAGCUGCUGCUGCUGGCACGCUACGCGGUGGAGCGUCUGCGGGCUGCCCCUGUACCCCCCCUCUGCUGGCGGAGCUGGGCCCUGCUGGCACUGUGGCCCCUGCUCAGCCUCAUGGGCGUUCUGGUGCAGUGGCGGGUGACGGCCGAGCGGGAUUCCCACACGGAAGUGGUCAUCAGCCGGCAGCGCCGACGUGUGCAGCUGAUGCGGAUUCGGCAGCAAGAAGAACGCAAGGAGAAGCGGCGCAAAAAGAGACCCCCAAGGGCUCUCCCCAGAGGCUCUCGGGCUCCUCCGAGGCCUGGGCCCCCUGACCCUGCCUAUCGGCGUAGGCCAGUGCCCAUCAAGCGCUUCAAUGGAGACAUCCUUUCCCCGAGUUACAUCCAGAGCUUCCGGGAUCGGCAGACCGGGAGCUCUCUGAGCUCCUUCAUGGCCUCGCCCACAGAUGCGGACUAUGAGUACGGGUCCCGGGGCCCACUGACGGCCUGCUCUGGGCCUCCAGUGCGGGUAUAG